AUGUAUGAAAAAUUUCAGGACAUGGGGAUAUUCCCCCAGCAUUACCUCUGCCAGCCUUGGUCCCAGACAGGUCCCUGUGACCCACUCCUCCGCUGUCUCUCUCAUGCCCUGGACACUCCUUGUCCUGACGCCCUUUCUCCUCUUGCAGGGCUGCCUCCCCUCCAGCCCUUCCUGCAGCCACUCUGCUCCAGCUCCCGCCUCCUGCUCUCCCUGGGCCUGCCUCUGCUGGUUGGCGUCUGCGUGAUCGGAUCCCAAAAGUCCAAGUUUCAGAGGGACCUGGUGGCCCUGAACAACUCCACGUCACACACUGAGGAUCAGGUCAAGUCGCUGAUGUCCCAGCGUGACAGUUUGCAAAAACUGAUAACACCUCUGCGAGCGGAGGUGGGGAAUCACAAGCAGGAGCUGGAAGCGGCCCGUAGCACGAACGACAAGGUGUUUUCUCUGGAGAAGAAGCUGGAGAAAGAGCAGCAGGAGCUGAAAGCAGAUUAUUCCGAAUUCCUGCUGGUCCAGCAGCAGGCCAAAGGCCUGAAAUUCCUGGCUUGCCAGAUGGCUGCCCUCAAGAGCAACGGCUCAGACAGGGCCUGCUGCCCCCCGAACUGGCUGGAGCACGAAGGUGGCUGCUACUGGUUCUCUCACUCUGUGAAGUCCUGGCCCGAGGCUGAGAAGAACUGCCGGCUGCAGAACGCCCACCUGGUGGUCAUCAACUCCAGGGAGGAGCAGAAUUUUGUCCAGGAACAUAUAGCCUCCUCAGACACCUGGAUGGGCCUCAGUGAUCCUGAAGGAGUCUGGAAAUGGGUGGAUGGGACAGACUACAAGACCAACUUCCAGAACUGGAGUCCAGGCCAGCCAGAUGACUGGGACGGACACGGGCUGGGCGGAGGUGAGGACUGUGCCCACUUCUGCCCUGAUGGCCAGUGGAAUGACAUUGUCUGCCAGAGUCUCCUCCCCUGGGUCUGUGAGACCAAGUUGGACAAGGCCAGCUAGGAGAGUGGCAGAGCUGCUUCCUGUAGACCGCUCAGCCACAGGAAUGGCAGGGAGGGGGUAGACGGGUCCUUCCCCAGAGACCCCUAACGAGACCUCUGUGCUAGAGCAAUAGCCCUGAGAUUGGAGCACUGCCAUCAUUU